AUGUCUUACCAAGAACAGCAGUGCAAGCAGCCCUGCCAGCCUCCUCCUGUGUGCCCACCACCCAAGUUCCCUGAGCCUUGUCCUCCUCCUUGUCCUGAACCUUGUCCUCCUCCAAAGUGGCCUGAACCGUGCCCUGAGCCAUGCCUCCCUUCUUCAUGCCAGCAGAAAUGUCCUCCUGUGCAAACUCCUCCACCAUGUCAGCAGAAGUGCCAACCUGAGAACAAGUGA